AUGCCGUCCCUGCCGGAGCAGCAGCCAAACAGCCCCCACGGGCCCGUGGGGAAACCCCAGUCUCAACGACCCCAGACCCGGACCGCAACAUCCUUGCAGAGGGCAUAUACUCAGCCGGCCCCGUUGAAGACUUUCCCUCUCCCGACCUUCUACCCGAGCAAUCCCGUCUCGCUGGUGCACCUAGCUUGUGCCUGGUUGACGUAUGCGCUCUUCCCGCCCCCUCGUGAGCCCGCAACCAUACACCAAGGAGUUUGGUCGCCUGCCACUCGGUCCAUCCACGUCACCAACCCCGAAUCUAUGCGAGCGCUCUGGGAGCAAGGCUUCUUCGGAAAAGGAAGCCUGAGUAGGAGUGAGCCCAACUGGCUCAAGCGGGAGCAAGUCAGGCAGGGCCUCGUCGAUGCCAGUGUCAGCGAACUCCACACUCUGAGACGACGAGAGGAACGAGCACGUGCAAAGUGGGAACGGGGCAGGACGGAAUUGGAUGCUCUCGAGCAGCAGCUGCUGGUCGAGAAUCCAUUCCCAGUCGCCAAUCCAGGUGCAAGAUCUGCACAGCUACCGGCGCAAUCCCCCUCUCCGGCCACUGUCCAGCCGCGACAGCAGACUGCAUUCGCCGGGCACGGGUUCGCUGCACCAGUCAGUCCUCAGCGGCUUUUGGCGUUGCCCAACUCUGAAUCCGACCUGGACAGGAGCAUUCUCUGCAUGCAAGAGGAAAACAACGCCGCUGCUCCAUCCGGCCUGUCUAUAUCGAGGCUGGAUCAUCAUGACGGCCAAGAGGCUCGAUUGCCAGAUUCCGUCUUCCCCAUUCCAUUAAAGGAUAUCAGCGAUGGCAUGGCCAGGCCGAACCAGCACCUCCUGGCUUCUCACGCCGAUGCCACCGAACAGCCCUUUCCUCUUCACGUCCACACCAACGGCGACUCUGAACCAAAACGCCUCAGGCACCAGAAAAGUGUGCGCUUCUCGCCCAAGGUCGAAUCUACCACGUUUCAGCUCUCAGACCCGCCCAGUCCGCACCGCUCCAUCCCAAACGCCUCCAAGGGCAACGAGGUUGCCACAGUCGUCGAUGUCCCAGCACCCGGCAAUGGUAACCCGUUAUGCAGCGCGCCGACUGCUCGACCCGCUCUCGAGACGAACUGGAAGGCCUCUCACGGCCAGCUAGCCAAGGGCCUGGACCCCUAUCCAAUCGAGGACAAGGAGCAUUUGCAGCUUUCACCGGAAGAAGCAUUCUAUCUGGUCUUUGCCAUAGGAGCGUUGUCGGUUGUUGAUCCGCGGACCCAAGCCCCCUUAUCGGCUGGCAAACUCCUCGAGCUCUUCCGAGAUCAGUCGCACUCGUCCGCUUCAUCUCAUAUAUCUCCCGAUGACCCUUUUCUCGUCCAUUACGUAGUCUAUCACCACUUCCGGUCCUUGGGCUGGGUCCCGCGCCACGGCAUCAAGUUUGGUGUGGACUGGAUGCUCUACGACAGGGGCCCAGUCUUCAAUCACGCCGAGUUCGGUCUGUUAAUCAUCCCGUCGUACUCGAACCCGUAUUGGACAGCACAGGGCACCGAGGCCUUGAGGCCCUCUUGGCGCUGGUUCCACGGUGUCAAUCGCGUCUUGACUACUGUCUUCAAAAGCCUAGUUCUUGUCUAUGUAGAUAUACCACCGCCAUCCACCGCUGUAGACUCGACUGGCCAGGACAUCCCUCACUUGCUUGGCAGCCCUCAUUCUCCCCAGUUUCAGUGGAAAGCAUCUCUUGAAACUCUCACAACACCCACCGCAAGGUUGUUGGUGAUGGCUGGUGGGCAACAGGCUGAUCAGGGUACACUGCCCGACCCUCAAACCCUUGCCCUACCUCGCUUUACUCUAGUCGCGGGUGCUAUCCCAACAGAGGUUGCACGGUGCCUCUCGACUCGAACACUAUGGGGUGACAGCGAGGACAGCGAGACGACUGUUGUGGUCAAGAACCUGGUAGUGCUUUUCCAGCUCGUAAACCACUACCAAGAUUGCUGGCCGCAGUCUGACGACGACACAGGCACGGGCGCCCGGUUCUUAUGGGGAGAAAUUUAUCGGAGCUGGACCGGCAACAACCACACCGGGGGUACAAACAUCGCUGAGCUCGCUGUUGGAAUCUUUACACAUGCUCGCUAUGUGUAUCUGCUCGAGGUUGAGAGCCAUGUCGAUCACAUCAUGGAGCCAACCUGUCCACUAUUUGCCCUACUCUUGAAGCUGGUACAAGAAGCCAUGAGCUUCGGCAAGACUGGCAAGCCUGCUCAUAGUCUUCUGCCCCAGGGCAGCCUCUCAGCUCGCCGAGUCCAUCGCGCUAUUACCUUCAACAGGCUCGUUCAGCGGGAUCGAGACAGCCUUUUUGCACACAUGUGGCCAGCAGUGUCCAAGAAGAGCCGCAUUCCGGAGCCUUCUUUCGCCGAGACUCUUCUCCCGCACCUUUUAUCCAUCGUUGAUACGGCCUCGCUCAUCAAGCGAGAUGGCCCGCCUUUCAUGCGUGAGGAAGAGAGGCACGACUACCACGCUGUCCUGCGCUUUGUCAAGUGGAUCGAUCGAGCUAGUGCUUCUAUCAAAGGCACCGGCCGUGGAGAGGACCAAGACCAGCUACUUGAGCAUGACUGUAGAGAGUCCGGAGGCGGGGUAGAUGUCGAUGCUGCCCAGGGGAUCAAUGGGGAGGGCGCAAUGGAACAGGCUGCCCAGGGUAGAGACCGGGAACUGUAUCUGACCCUCCAACUUGAGACGGCUCGCCCGCAUGAGACCACCGAUGUCCCUCAUGCCUGUUGUUUCCUGUUCUUUACCGCUCGUGGCAGGCUGGGGGUGAACAUCGACGUUGUUGCAUCACCUGGGUGGGUCGCUAAGGAUCUGAUUCAGGAGGUCGGGCGACGAACGCCACAUUCCACGGCAGAGGGCCGCAAUGAUGUCGACUUGGCCCCGUUUCUGAGAGCCAGAGAUGACGAGGGCGACCAGAUUAAAGCAUGCCGCAUCCGGGUCUCUUCGAUUUCUCUGGGCUCGCAAGAUCCCGGCCCACUCAGGACCGAUGUCGUUGUCUCGGGUAGAUUAGAGGUCGGCGACGAACUCCUUGUCGGCGUAGAAAAUGGAUGGAACCUGGACGGCCCGUUCGCAUCCUCGGCUGCGUAA